ACAUACAGAGAGAAGGAGAGAGAAACAGACUAUUUUGGAUGUUUUUCUCCAAAGCUGGAAACUGGGUGCUGUGCAGAUUGUGUGCGGUGAUAUGCAGCAAAACCCUCCUCACAUCUCUUUGCUUCUCUCCCUGUGGAUUCGCUGUCCUGCUCGGUAAUGUCAAGACUUUGGAAACGGGAGUGACUCGGGGAGUGAGGCGGCGAUUUUGGAGAUGACUGCAUAGUGUGAGGCAAGAAAAAUCAGGAGAUAACUUGCAAGUUUGCACAUCAUGAAUGUAGGUGUUGUCUUGGAACCAGUGAGCUCCCCGCUGCGCUGUUUCCAACAUGGGUGUUGACUGAAUGGAGGAGUAUCCCCGCGCUGCCACAGAGGUAUGAAGAUGCACUUGUGAGGAUUAAAAACUGUGCGACCAUGCAGAUUCUGCCGCCUAGGACGUUAUUCGUGUUACUAGCCCAUGCACAUGUGUUGUUGUCACUGAGAAAUAAUGGAGAAGCUAAACAGGACAGCAACACCAGCGCAUACUCUGCCAGGACUUUCCAUGGGUCACUCCGGGAGAGUCAUCAAAACAAAGCCUGGGACCGUGCGCUCUCGCCGGGGUACGCCACAGGUGCGUCUUCGGCGGAACUGCAGGCGAUUAUCCGAGGGCCCGUUAACUCCACUCACCCCUGGAAGAGGGUAAUUGCAGGAGAAACGAGGCGAAUUGGACACAACAAGCGCGACUUUAGUAGGACUGUGACACCCGUGGAGGAUCCCAACGCCGUCUCACAUUGGGACCCGACGCGCCACCACAAUAAGAGGAUAAAGUUGAAUGGCGGUCUUAGUAGUACGAGGACGCCAGCAGGUGGACACUACAAUGCGGCUAAGCCGUUUUCAAUGGGCCAAGGAGACGGAGAAGGGGGACCCGAGGAGGGUGACAGGCACAAGAGAGGCACAAAAGAGGAGCAGAAGAAAACCUCCAAGAGGGGGAGAAGCCGGACGAACAAAAGCUCGGGGGCUUUGGCUCAGCCUCACGCGUCGCCGUGGGAACCCCUCCCCAAGCCGGUGGCCCUCACCUCCACCGACCUGCCCUUUGACCUCUUCACCAGGAGGCCCGAGUUCUUCACUUUCCGGGAGGAGAACCCAUGGGACGCCACGCCGAUCACCCCUCCCAACUCGCAGGAUUUCGGGGACGAGAUCAAGAACCCCUUUUACCCGGUGACAAGCGAGACUUAUGGCGCGUACGCGAUCACGUGCGUCUCCGGGGUUAUUUUUCUGGUGGGGAUAGCGGGUAACAUCGCCAUCCUGUGCAUCGUGUGCCAGAACUACUACAUGAAGAGUAUCUCCAACUCACUGCUGGCCAAUUUGGCUGUCUGGGAUUUUGUGCUCAUUCUCUUCUGCCUGCCCAUGGUGGUUUUUCAUGAGCUGACAAAGUCCUGGCUGCUGGGGGAAUUCACCUGCAAAGUGGUGCCCUAUGUGGAGGUGGCCUCUCUCGGUGUGACCACCUUUACCCUCUGCGCUCUGUGCAUUGACCGAUUCCGCGCAGCCACCAAUGUCCAGAUGUACUACGAGAUGAUCGAAAACUGCACCUCCACUACUGCUAAGCUAGCUGUCAUCUGGAUCGGUGCUCUUCUACUGGCCCUCCCGGAGCUCCUCAUCAGACAGCUGGUGGCAGAGGACACAGGGAUGCCAGACGAGCCUCCUGUUGAACGCUGUAUUAUCAGGAUAUCCACCUCACUUCCUGACAUGCUCUACGUGCUGGGCCUGACCUACGAGGGUGCUCGGCUGUGGUGGUGCUUUGGCUGCUACUUUUGCCUCCCCACCCUCUUCACCAUUGGGUGCUCAUUGGUGACGGCGCGCAAGAUCCGACGUGCGGAGCAGGCCAGCGUGCGUAGCAACAAGAAGCAGAUCCGACUGGAGAGCCAGAUGAACUGCACGGUUGUGGCGCUGGCGAUUGUCUACGGUGCGUGCGUGGUGCCUGAGAACAUCUGCAACAUAGUUUCUGCAUACAUGGCGGCCGGUGUUCCUGAGCACACCAUGUCUGUGCUCCAUCUUCUCUCCCAGCUGCUGCUCUUCUGUCGGGCCGCUGUGACUCCAGCGCUGCUGCUUCUCCUGUGUCGCCCGCUGGGCAGGGCCUUUCUGGACUGCUGCUGUUGCUGCUGCUGCUGUAACCACGCACCCUCAUCGGCCACCGCCAGUGACGAUAACGAACACGAGUGCACUACCGAGCUGGAGCUGUCGCCGUUCAGCACGAUCCGCAGGGAGCUCAGCAACUACACUCCUGCUGGCUCCAACUGCUAAACUGACAUUCCCCAUCAGGGAUGAAAAUUUCACUAGCCAGCUAUUGACCUUUGGCUAGCAUUUCUCGGACUCGGCUAGGAGAGAUAUGCCUUACCUAGUCUAGUCACAUUUUUUAAUGGGUGCAUGAAUGAAGAUGGACACUGAAUAAUCACAUUCUACCAGUGUCCUACAUCCUCUACGUUCAUUCUUUACAAUAAUUCUGUACAAAUACAGUAACUGUAUAACCCCUAUUUUUCCAGGAAAGCUAACAAAAAGCAAAAUCUUACACUCAUGCCCUGGGGUGCUCUUAAAACAGGGUCAGUACAUAUUUUUAGCAAACCUUCCUGAAACCUUUAAAACUUACAAACCUCCCUUCUGUAGACCUUUUAUGCCUAAAUAUCUUUGGACAGUUUGGAUGGCCUCUUAACCUAUCUGAUGUCUGGUUCCUGACAAGAGGUUGAGUCAGGGUUAUUUCUCCAGAUCACCCGAUUCUGAAGCAGAAAAA